AUGCCUGGGCCCCCGUUGAAGCAGUAUGAGCUGACGCUGCAAAACGCCCAGCGCGUGCUGAUCAGCCUACUUGAGCAGCCAGCGAAACCCUGGGUUCCGUUUGAUGCUCUACUGCGCGAGCUCGGGCAGCAGCUGGCGCUGCUGCAGCGCCGCUCAGCCGCUUGCCUGCUGCAGCGACGGCAGCGUGCUCGAGCCCGAGCCGAAGGUCAGAAUUGGAGAGGAAGCGACUUUAGGAAAGUCCCCACCAGAAAGGCUGGUGGCUAUGAAGACUCUCCGAAGAAGGUGUUGAUACCUGUGCCACCGAUCCAAGCUCCAGGCGGGCCCUUGAACCCGCUGGAAAAGCGACGGCACAUGGUUGCGGCGCAAUUGGCCAUCAGCAAUCCUGCGAGACUGGCGCGGUCCAGACGUCGUCCGGAUCUGCCCCCUCCACGGGAAGGUCAAGGCGGCACACAGGAGGAACCCAUAGUAGCUUUACCGAAGCUGCAGCCCUUGGUAGCAUGCACCGUGGGCAGAAAGGCUCGUGGUGACUUUACGGAGCUGGCUGCGGCACCUUUGGAGCUGCUACUGAAAGAGGUGAAAGAGGAACCAGAUGAUCGACCAGAUGAACAAGUGGAUCAGCUCGGCCUCCUGGGACAAUGUGACAGCGCGGGGAUCAGCAUGGCUCCGCCACCGGCCUUUGGCGCUUGGCCCCGGCCCAGCUCGGCCAAAGCGCCCAGAAGGUCGCCGUUUCCGUGUGGCAUAGCUGAGCCCUGCCAAGAUGGCAAGGUGUGGUCGCAGGAAGGUCGCCCAACCCCGCCGUCGACGGCACACACCACGGCGGAGUUCUACAGCACGGCCAGCAGUUUUACAGUGGACGCCUUUGAAGCACCACGAGGCUGA